GGCGCGCUUAUGCUCGCCACUCGACGGCUGCGAGCCGGCACGUUCAUUCAGCGCGGAGGCUAGCGUCGACGUUACAUCGCGGCCACCCUUCGGCACUUACCACAGCAACCAUGUCUGGUCUUGGCAGGCGCCACCUGAACGACCCAAACUCGGAUGCCUACAAGGCCCACAUGGCAGCUGUCCUGGAGCGCAUGCGCAAGGAGUACGAGCGCAAGCAGCGCGAAGAGGCAGCGCGCCGAAAGAAAUACCGAGGCGAUGCCAUCAAGGUGGACGCUGUGGAGGUGUACGCCAAAGACAACGCCAAGCACCACCACACGGAAAUGUUCGACAACCUGGAGCUGAGCGACCCUCCGCUAAUCAUACGACGCGGCCAGUCAUUCUUUCUGGCCAUCCGCUUCAAGCGUGAAUACCAGCCCGGAACCGACGAUGUUCAAAUCGACUUCAGCAUCGGUCCCAACCCGGAGAUCAGCAAGGGGACCUUCAUGAGCCUGCGUGUGCCGGACACCAAGGGCGACUUCAGCCGGCCUCCGCAGAGCUGGGACGUGCGCCUGACGCAUCACGACCGCGCCAUCAUGUCCAUCGAGGUGUUCGUGCCGGCCAACGUGAGCGUGGGCCUGUGGCGGAUGGCCGUGCUCAGCCGAUCACGCGCCAACGCGAUGGCCAGGGACAAGUAUCGACAUCCGUCCGACAUCUACGUGCUAUUUAACCCGUGGUGCCAAGAUGACGUGGUGUAUAUGGAAAACGAAGACUGGCGACGAGAGUACGUACUCAAUGAUGUUGGCAAGAUUUACAUGGGAUCGUGGAAGCAACCAGAGGGCCGACAAUGGAUUUUUGGUCAGUUCGGAGACAUGGUCCUGCCCGCGUGCUCGCUUGUCCUGGACAAGUCAAAGCUUACUUACGCCGCCAGGACCAACCCAGUGAAAGUGGUCCGCGCCAUCUCUGCGAUGGUUAACAGUGCAGACGAUGGUGGAAUAGUCACUGGCAACUGGUCGGGCAACUACGACGACGGCACGGCGCCCUGGAUGUGGACUGGAAGUAGCGCCAUCCUCGAGAAGUACGUCAAAACUGGUGGCACCUCCGUCAACUACGGGCAGUGCUGGGUCUUCUCUGGUGUAUGCAACACUGUGUGCCGUGCACUCGGUAUCCCGUGCCGUCCAGUUACGUGUUAUGCGUCUGCCCACGAUACGGACGAGAGCAUUACCGUCGACCGCUACUUCGACAAGGAAGGCGAGGAGCUCAAAAAAUACUCCAGGGAUUCCAUCUGGAAUUUCCACGUGUGGAACGAAGUGUGGAUGGCAAGAAAGGACCUUCCAUCAGGCUACGGCGGAUGGCAGGCUAUUGACGCUACGCCACAAGAAACCAGUGAUGGCUUCUACCAAGUCGGCCCGUGCUCAGUGAUGGCCGUCAAGAAGGGCGAAAUAGGCUACAUGUACGACUCGCCAUUCGUGUUCGCCGAAGUCAACGCCGACAUCAUCCACUGGAAAGAAGACCCCGAAAGCGCUUUCGGUUGGUCUCGAAGCAAGACGUUGACAUACCAUGUGGGCCUCGGAGUGUUGACAAAAAAAGCCAACGUUACGAUCCGAGAUGGCAUGGGGGAUGCCGAAGACAUCACGCACUGUUAUAAGAGCAAAGAAGGAACGGAGGAAGAGCGCAUGGCAGUUCUGAACGCCGCACGCAGUGGUGGCCUGAACGUGUUGUUCGAGCUUCCCAGCGAGUCGAAGCAGGACGUGGCGCUUAAACUGCAAGACAUCGAGAGCAUCAUGAUCGGCGAGCCGUUCAGCGUUACCGUGAGCAUGCGCAACGAAAGCAACGAGCAGCGCACCAUCAACGCGGUGCUCUGCGCCUCGUCGGUCUACUACACCGGCAUCCUGGCGCGCAAGAUGAAACGAGACAAGGCCACGUUCGUGCUCCAGCCGCAGGAAGAAGAGGUAUUGUUACUGACAGUCCAGCCCGAAGAGUACCUCGACAAACUGGUGGACUUCGCAAUGGUGAAAAUCUACGUCAUCGCAAACGUCAAGGAGACGAGACAAACAUGGUCUGAGGAGGACGACUUCACCAUCACGAAACCGAAAUUAGACAUUCAGGUCGAAGGGCCAGUGAAGGUCGGCCAUCCAUUCAGGCUCAUAAUGCGCUUCACAAAUCCACUUAAUGUGCCUCUCCGAGACUGCACCCUGUCCGUUGAAGGCCCCGGCGUGACAAGCGCGCACAUCGUUCACCUCUCGAAUGUGGCACCGCGCGCCGAGUGGGUGCACCGGGAGACGUUCGUGCCAGCGAGGCCUGGUCCGCGCAACGUGGUCGCCGUGUUCAACUGCCGAGAGCUGUUCAACAUCGAGGGCUCGGCGCAGACGGUGGUCCAAGCAGAACCCUCAGGUCUGGACAGCCCGCCGGCCUCGAGCGACGAGUUGACGCUGCUCGACCAGGUCCGGCUGGAAGAUCGCUGCCUCCCCCGCUUCACUGAGGAGGUCCUGGACCGCAUCUGGGUCCCCGCUGAUGUUGUAGCACCCGUGGUGUCCAACCGCGUCCGUGUCAACCGUGUCGAAGUUACAAGGUAUGCGAGAGUUCUGGAUACGCUGCGCCACUUCGACGAGGUUCAGACGUAUCUUGAUCAGAAGCGGCGGAAGGAGCAGCGGUCACCGGUUUCAGUGGGCGUAGUAGUUGUUGUUGUUCUCCUAUUAGAGAUUCAAGAAAGGAGCACCAUGGACACCAGCGACGAGGCUAUUCUCGAUAUGCUGCGGCAGCGGAUGCUCGCCAACAGCAACUUUCUCCAGUACAUGGAGAUCGUCAUCGAGAGCCUCCGCUCCGGGGCAGAGUUCGACCGCAUGCCGCGCCUCAUGGCGCACACAGGCGGCACGAACCCCCUGCAGGUGAAGCAGCUCGACUACCACAUACCGGCCAACACCCGCCACCACAAGACCGACAAGUUCCUGCUCACCCAGAGCAGUGAUGCCACGCUCGUGGUGCGCCGUGGUGCUCCUGUCACCAUCAGCAUCCAGUUCGACCGGCAGUACGACGGAAGCAGGGACCAAGUUUUUCUCAUCCUGAACACAGGUCUCGAUCCGAGCGAGUCCGACGGAAGUCGCGUGCGACUGGAAGUACCCUGCACUCGUGGCUCGUUCUUCUCCCUCGACAACUCGCCCUACAGCAUCUGUCUGGUGCUAACUGAGAAGAACAGCGUCACCGUCAAGGUGAUGCUGCCGCCGUGCGCCGCGGUCGGUCUGUGGCAUCUGGAGGUCGAGACAAGGCUGCGAGGUUCCGGGGACCCCGCCGAUAAGUGUCUCUUCAACGUCAAGGAGACCUUCUACGUGCUGUUCAACCCCUGGUGUCCAGAGGACCUCGUUUACAUGCCACAGGAAGACCUUUUGAAAGAGUACAUCUUCAAUGAAACAGGAAAACUAUACCAAGGCAACUAUGACUACCCCACCGGAAAGCGUUGGUUCUUUGGACAGUUCACCGACGUCGUUUUGCCUACGUGCAACUACCUUUUCGAGCUUGGAAAUGUGAGCGUCAGUGACCGAAGCUCACCAAUCAAGGUCGCCAGAGCCCUCUCCGCGCUGGUCGACUCGAAGGACGAAAACGGCAUCCUAGUGGGUUCUUGGGACAACAACUACGGCGACGGUGUAUCCCCGACUGCCUGGACGUCAAGUGUCACCAUCCUUGAGCAGUACAUGCACACUGGUGGUGCGCCCGUCAAGUAUGGCCAAUGCUGGGUCUAUUCCGGCCUGGUAACGACACUGUGCAGAGCUCUCGGAAUCCCCUGCCGGUCCAUCACAAACUUCUCCUCGGCGCACGACACGGAUGGAAACCUGCUCAUUGAGCGCUUCUUCGACGAAAACGACAAUAUUAUUGCUGGGAAAAGUGAGGACUCUAUCUGGAACUUCCACCUGUGGAACGAGCUAUGGAUGAUGCGUCCCGACCUUCCUGGAGAUUACGGUGGCUGGCAGGUGAUCGACGCUACGCCACAGACAAUCAGCGAUGGCCUAUUCCGCGUGGGACCGUGCCCUGUCUCUGCGAUCUACAAUGGACACCUUGAACUGGAUUACGACACCCGCUUUGUCUACGCUGAAGUCAACGCCGACCUGGUAAGCUGGAAACGUGACCGAGCCACCGGACAGUUCAGGCAAUCAACGGUCAGGAACUACAAUGAGGCCGAAGCCGCGGGAAUGCUCAUUUACACGAAGAAGAUCGGAGAGAUGACUGAGCAUACGGCGGAGGAUGCCGAAGACCUGACCAAGCUGUACAAGGGUGUCAAAGUGAAGCCCAACAAGUCGGUGAUGGGUCUGUCCGGCGCACCACCUCCUGAGGACGUCGAGAUGAAGAUGGAGGAGAUCUCGUCGGUGCUAGCAGGUCAGCCGGUCCGGCUGGCCGUCACCUGCACGAACCAGUCCAAGACACCCCGCAAGGUCACACUCACGCUCUCCGCCCACUCGGUCUUCUACACCGGCGGCGAGUACAAGCUGCUCAAGAAGCAGAGCUUCAACGUCGAGGUGCCGCCGGGCAAGACCGAGACUGUAUGCCUGACUGUGACUGCCGACGAAUACCAACUCAAGCUGGCCCCACAGAAUGUCGUCAAACUGUUCGCCCACGGCAGCUACGAGGGCAGCGGCCACGGUACUUGGUACCGCCAGACUAGAAUCACCAUCGGAAACCCCACCAUCGACGUGCAGAUACACGGACCGGUGAGUGUGUCCAGACCAAUGGAAUACUGCCUUUCCUUCGACAACCCUCUCAGCGUACCCCUGACUGGCUGUAGUCUGACUCUAGACAUCCCUGGAAUGCAACAAUCUCACGUCGUUCCUGUCGCGGACGUACCUGCGAAGGGCAAGUUCGAGUACAAGAGCAGAAUCAUUCCGAAACGUCCUGGCGAAAAGUCUAUCCUGGCAGUCUUCAACAGCAAGGAGCUCACCGACAUACGCGGAAACAAAGUGGUCAUCGUCAAAUAAGCUCUUGCAAGCUACAACGACACCUGACAAAAACGGCAAUAUCGGCGCAACAAGUGGCCUGUUUUUAUUUUCAAUACGUUAGACUUAGUACACAUUAAAUAAAAGAUCCUGGGGGCAUCGAA